AUGAGGAGUGUAUCUAAUCCCCCGGAUUAUUCUCGGCGUCGGGAGGAAGAGCAGACUGGCGUUGAAAUCGCCACCAAAGUUCUCGGGAAAAAUAACAAAUCUGGCCAAGCGCCAUUCUACACAGGUGAUUCGCCUGGGUUUGGUGCCGUCUUUGACAUAUGUUCGCCUUCAGAGCAGCCUCUAUCGAGGCAUAUCAUGCUCACUUCCAAGACAUCUGCCUCGCUAUCUCCUGAGGAUAAAGCAUACUUGCAGUACAAGGGAGUCUUCAAUAUGCCUCGAAAAGAAACAUGCGAACAACUUCUGCGGGCAUACUUUCAUCAUGUGCAUCCCAUUAUGCCGGUGAUUGACGCUACGACGCUUCCACGCCUCUAUCCCGGUGGAGACGGUCAACCAUACAAUCUCAUAUUACUAUGGAGCAUUUUCUAUGUUGCCGCGAAUUAUGUUCCGGCCGAUACUUGGAAGCAAGAGGGCUUUUCGUCCAUGAAAGCGAUGAAGGAAACUAUGUACUCUCGUGCAAAGUGCCUGCAUAAUAAUGGGGGUGAGACAGACCACACAGUUCUCCUUCAAUCAGCACUUCUCUUGGGAUUUUACCACUCUGAAGCUGAUACCUACACCCAACCGUGGGUUUGGCUUGGUGUUGCCAUUAGCCUUUGCCAAACAAUGGGUCUGCAUCGUUUGUCUGCCGCGGUCUGCGCCAAUUCACCUAUCACUGGAUCACAACAGCGUCUCUGGCGCCGUCUUUGGUGGACAUGCUUCUUUCGAGACCGUUGGCUAAGUCUCACAAUGGGCCGUCCAUUGAGAAUCAACAUGAAUGACUGUAAUACCGUACCGCCGUCUGCAAAUGAUAUGCUGAGUGAUUUUUCCGGACUAGAAGAAUCUAUAUCGGCAGCAUAUGUCCCGAAAGACCUGCCGCAGUUGGCAGGCUAUUGGGUGACGCUAAUUGAACUCACUCAGCUUUUGGGAGACACUCUCACCCUAUGCUACCAACCCUUUAGAGUCAGUUCGUCUUUCCAGCAGGUUGAGGCCCUUGAGCAAAAGAUUCUGCACUUUCAGCUUCCCGCAUAUCAGGAGACGGGACAAAGUCCACUUGCAACCUUUUACUUGUAUCACUUGCAGCUUCAUUACCAAGCAUUCAUAAACACCUUUUAUCGUCCUUUCAUUACAAAAGACCCCGAAGGGCUGCCUGCAUCUCGCCAAGAAGCAUGGCGAUCUCACGUCAGAAAUCAGAUCAACACGGCAGCGCUACAGACCAAUACCAUCCUUGAUAAUUUAGUACACGAGAAGCUGUUAGGUUUCUUUGGUCCCAUGACGCCACCGCUAUUAGUCCCAGCGAUGCACGUCCAUCUCCUCAACUGCAAAUCAGCCGACCCCGUCUCCAGACGUCUGGGUCUCAACAAAAUAGAGGUGUGCAUGAUAGUCUUGGAACAGAUGCAACAUGCCCACCCCUGCUCUUCAGUCUUCCGAGGUAUCUUUCUCGAAGCCAUCCGUUACAUUUUCCCAAACUACGUGGCUCAAACAGUUCUCCCUGAGUUGCCAUCUGAGUCUUCUCCGCCGCAGAAUGUUUCUGCCGAAGAUCCUAUGGCAGGAAUAACGAUCGACGAAAAUACCAUUGAUGCGCUGAUGGAUGAGGUUUCAAUUUUCAAUUUUUGGGAGUCACUUAACAAUAUGCAAACUUAG